UUUGAAUUCUGAUGGCGUCUUCUCUUUCAAUGACUUGUGCUUCUGAAUAUGAGACUAUUUAUCAUUCUCUUGGUCGUAUCAAGUUACUACUAGAAAAGUUAAACUCAGGAACGUCAGAGAAGCUUUCAAGUUUUGAACAAAAGUCCCGUCUUAUUAAGGACGCUAUUGCUAAAAGAUAUGAACCACUGGCUUCGGACUAUGUAGAAGAUUGUAUCGAUAAGAUGCGUGAAUUCUACUUGCAAAACUUGGAAGAUAUAAGUUUGGUAUUCCAACAAGGGAUAAUUCAAAAACAAUAUGCCGUGGAUACUUUGCUUUCAGAAAUACAACAGAAAAAACAAAAUAUUCAACAAAAUGAAGAAAGAGAGAGACAAGAAAUCAACUUGCAACGUGCAAAAAGUCUAGAAAUGUUACAAAGACAAGAAGAAUCACUUCGAAGCAACGUUAAACUUUUAGAAUCCGAAAUGGAAAGCUUGGAACUAGAAUUGAGUAGUAUCAACACAUCAAUGAACGAUGAAAGACAUAGCUAUGAUUGUGAAACAUUGAUAUAUCAUCUAAAUACUCUUCGAGAACAACUUAAUACGAAACAAGGAGAGUUGGAAGACCUGAAAGAACAAAGCCGUCUCCGUGAAAUUCAGUUGAAUGAUUAUUCUUCUGCUUUGAAUAGUCAACAUUGUGAAACUAACUGGCAAGCAGAAAAGGAACUUGUGGCAAAAACCAAUAAUCGUCUCAGAGAACAAGUCAAGAAAAUGCAAAAUGUGGUUUCAAAACGAUUUCCUUCCAAGGAAGGUGACAUUCGAACUUUGGCAUUGGCCGAACUCCAAAAUGAAAUGGCUCUCAGUUCUCUGCAGCAUUCUAUUCUAGAAAACGCAGCAAAUCAACAAUUCUCUGAAUGCAAGAAACUAUUACAUGUUCUGGGAACAUUGAUAAGAAACGGUUCGGCAAAUACGAGAACUGCUACAGGCAUUAUCAAGAUAUUGGACAUUUUCUUCCAAAACAGUGGAAAUGCAGAAAAACAAAGCUUAACUCAUGAACGAUUGAAAGCUGAACUUGAAACUGAAGAGGCAAAGGAAGCAUUGUCCGAAAUGAUUCGUCUAGGUAAUUAUAUACUGAUGAAGACUUGUUUUUAUCUCAACUUGUUCGUUGUGUGCUUAGGACUAUUAGAAGAACAAGAAACUGGCUUGUUUGCACUAGUCGCAAACCCUACCUGACUACAGUUGUAAGCCUAAUAUCAAAG